UACUCGCCCGCAACGCACACAAAACCUUUAAAAAAACAAAAUUAACAAAAAACCCAGCGAUUACAAUUAUUAGAAAUAAUAUUAGGCCCCAGAAUUAAGCGAAUUGGAAAGGGUAUAUAUGUGACUUAACCUCCGAAAUAGUCUUGACACUUAUCUGCGAGUUUUUCGUCGCAUACCGAGAUAUACCCACCUAUAUAAUUAUCACUGGACGCGAGCGGAACUCUUAUCAAAUCAACGGACGGCUUAUGUACACGAUCCGCAAUAACGAAGUGGGCAAACAAAAUCCAAUAUAAUACCCAUAUAUAUAUUGUGCAAAAAAGUAAACAAAACCAAAUAAAACUUGGCUAAAACAAACCUGUCGCCAUUUCAGGCCCAGUCGGAGUCAGCUGCUCCAAUCGUUAAGUUAGCCGAAGAUCGUUGGCGAACUGGAGGCCCUUAGCCGCGUGAUCUUAAUCAGUUCAGUUACGAUACGUUUAUAGCCGCGUUUUGUUUCAAUUACUGCGUCAUGCAUUCGGGUUUGUUUUCGGGUUUACUUGAGGAUGGAGUGAGUUCGAGGUGAUCGGGAUCGGUGGUGCGGGGGCAAUGGCAAUUAGCUGGCCGAAACACCUCCGAAAGAUAUUCCCCGAAAAGUGAUUGAUAAUCGUCGUACAUAACUGCAAACAGAAAUAACAAACCAAACGAGAGAAUCAAAAUUUGUGUGCUUCAAGCGCUGGAUGCGCCCCUAUAUCUGCCUCAUGGAGCUGCCAAUCCAUCGACCGGGAAGUGGAAACCUGCUGCUGGGACUCACCUCCGUGGUGGGUCUCAUCGGAGGCGCCUACCUGCUGCAGUGUGGCGCCCAGCGGCUCUUGGGCAAACUAGCCCAUAAGAAGUGGAAAAGGGAGGAGAAGGACUCCAGCGAGGAUCACAACUGCAACGUCUGCUGUGCGGACCUGGAUCUGAGCAGUGCCAAAAACUACGUGACAUGUUGCACCUGCGGGAAAUCCGUGUGCCGCGGGCCAAAGUGCGCCGACUGGCGGCCCAAGGACGCCAAGUGGGAGUGCCAGCUGUGCCAGAGCUCCAAGGAGUCGCUGGCCCACACCUCCUCGUGGGUGGCCGAGCAGAUGUCCUUCAACCAGCACAAGUUCGUCUAUCCGAUGCGGGCGCGGAGUGAGGUCUACAUACCGAUUGUGGGCGAUGGCAACGACAGCAGCAUGCAGUUCGAGAGUGUUAGCCAGAUUGGCCAGACUGCCAGCAUGGACGAGCGGGCCAAGAUCCGCGAGUACGUCGAGGAGAUCGUGGCCGAAAUGCUGGGCGGUAAUUUGGACCACAUCAGAGUGGGGCAGCUGUCCAAAAGCGAGAACUACUUGCAACUCUUUGAUAAAUUCCAUGCGAAGCUGAGUAACCUGCUUAUCAAUGUGGAAAACAGUUUGUGCGCGCGUGCGCUCAAGGGAGAUCUGCCGGCCAUCGUAAAUGGCCACAACAGCGGCAAUGGCUUGGGCCAUAAUAAUAAUAACAAUAACAAUAACAACAAUGCUGAUUCCGAGCUGGCCGACAUCUCGCAGACCCGACUACGCAGUCUCAUCGAGACCAUCAUAGCGGAGACCCUGCGAAGCACCUCCCUGAGUGCCAGUGGAGCUGUGUCGGAGAUCAGCCUGGACACCAGAUCCCACGCCUCCGGAAAUGGUCUAAAACGGCGACAUCGCACCGAGCACUACUUCGAGCCGAAGAUCUACCAGGAUCUGCUUGCCACGGCGGUGCUGAAUAAGAUUGCGGAUAAGGAAGGUAAUACAAGGCUAUUGGCAGAGAGUACGCCGGACUUGAGUGGUCGCCACAUUGACGAGAAUUUCAAUGCCGAAGCGCUGAGCACCACGUCCGGAAGCUCAAUAGAACCCCGUAGUGAUUGCAGCCUCACGGAUCAUGAAAUCGGACUGGAUAAUGGCAAAUCCCAAUCCCUGCAAACGGACUUGGAAAGGGAAUCAGUCCUUAGUGAUUAUAUAGCCGCACAUAUGGUGCCACUGCCAGACUUUUCGGCAUCCGUCACCGAAUCCGAGGAUGAUAUUGGAUCCAUCUCCUCGGGUAUGAUCGGUGAUGGAAACUGGGAAGACAACUGGCUCUUUAAGAAGAAACGCAGCUCGGCCACUCCGAGCAGCAUUGGCAUGCUAGUGCCCGCACCCACGGAGAAUGUCCGGGCCCAGAUUGGCGAUAAGACCACCGACGAGGUCAGCGAUCUCUCGGAGAUGGGUUCGGACAUUGAGGAAAGCUCCCUGGAUCUACUGCGAUGCAACGACCUAAACGAUCGUCUGCUGAGCAAGCACCUGAUUGGUGGCCAGAACACUAAGCUCGUCCUCGAUGAGCUCGUAGAUCGUACGAGUCUUACAUCCCACACAUUGCUGGAGGAGCACGAGCCCGCAUUUACGGAGACAACCAAUGAGUUUGUGGUGUCUCCCAUGGCCGUGCCAUCUGAUAUUAAAGCUCCAUCUCCAACACCGCCACCACCACCAAUGAUAUUCCAAGAUGACCUACUGAAUGAGGAGCCAGACCACACUCCCAUUGCAGCCCAAGACGAAACCGAGGAGCUGUCCAGCCUCGAAGGCUGCACUGGCUUCAGCACAGUCGAGUACCUCGACGAGGAGCAAAUGCACGAGACCGUGCCAUCGGUCAUCGAGAUCCUAGCAGCCAUGGCCCUGGGACCCAUGCUAGCGGUUCCAGCAUCUGAACAGCCAGGCGCCAUGACCCCCAGUGAGAUGCACACCCUCAAGGAGCUGAGUGACUUGGCCCUCGCCGAGAUUAACGCUCGCACCGUGGACCUGAUGCACGCACACUCGCUGGACAUUAUUGAAGAGGAGAACUCGGAGCCUUCAGACACUGUCUCAAAUCCACAGUUGGAUAUUCUACAACCUCCACCACUCGCAGAGAUAUCGAUUCCAUCUCCAAUGCCUUUGCAAGCGGAGGAAAGUGUUGUUCAAACAGAAGUACUACCACCCCCUCCAGCUUUAGAACUUGUUUCUGAGUAUGAACCUCCGCCUCCGAUGGAAGUUGUUCAAGAGACUGUGGAUCUGCCAAGUUCUGCAGAAGUUGUCCAUAUAGGAGAAGAUACUGCGACUGCGGGGGAGGCUUUAGAGACGGAAUCUGCCGAAUCUGUAGUGAACUCCUCCGAAAAUCAACCAGUGCCGGUGGACAUUAAUCAAGAAACUCAACCCGUUUCUGUGGAUAUACCACCGUCUUUGCAGACUGUCACAGAGCCUCAUUCAGACUUGGAAUCUGAGGAAGUUGUUUUAGAAAUAAAAUCAGCAGUGGUGAAAACCAUAUCGCCUAUUGAAAUUGAUCCAGAAACUCAAUCUAUAGUAGUGGAUCUACCAGUUCCCAUGGAAAUCGUCACAGAAAUAGAUCACGUUACCAUCGUUCCAGAAUUGCCAUCUGAUGUAGUGCAUCCCUCCGAAUCUAUAAAUGUGGUUUCAGUUGAUAUCCAAAAUAUUCAAGUUCUGGAAAUUAUUGCAGACGAUCCAUCUAACACUGCGAGUCUCCCAGCAACUAUAGUGGUUAACACUCAGUCAGAUUCCCUUGGAGAAGAACACUAUCCCGAAGCCCAACUAACCGCAGAGGAGUCAACGACAAAUGUAGCAGAAAACGAUGCACAGGAGGACUCUUUCGCUGUAACAGCAGUUCCUCCAGAGCCUAUUGAAAUUGUUUCAGUCGAUUUGCCAGAGUCCGGGAAAAUUGUUUUAGAAGCACAGCCUUUUGUAAUGGAUAUACCAGCGCCGUUAGAAACUCUUCCAGAAGCACAGCUCUUUGUAGUGGAUAUACCAGAGUCGUUAGAAACUGACAAAGAAAUGGCUAUAGCAAAAACUAUAGAAGAUGAGCCACAAAUAGCAUCUGUCCCAAUGGAAUCGGUUCAAGAAUCCGUAGUAGUGGAACCACAAUCACCGGAGGAAGUUGAACCCCUAAAUGAAUCUGUUGCAUCACAACCCCUGGAAAAUAUUUUAGAAGAGCAAACGGAUUUUGAGCCUCAUCACGUUGCAGUCGAUUCAUCACCACCUAUAGAAGUUGUUUCACAGGCAGAAUGCAUCGAUGUGAAACCAUCAGCAUCUUUGGAUACAAUCCCUGCAGAAGUAAUUCCACCUCCAAUAGAAGUUAUUGAACUCUCAGCUACUGAGGAAGUAUUGCCAGAACCGCAAUCGGUCACAUUGGAUCCACCAGUUAUUGUAGAAGGAGUUUUACAGAUAGAAUCUGCCGAUACCGAGCCGCCAGAGCCUUUGGAAAUUAUUCUUAGAUCCGAUCCCCCAGUUCUGCAACCCCCUGCGGAAGUGGGUUGUCUAUCUGAGUUUGCACCAACAGAAUCACCAGCGUCAGUGGAAACACAAUCUGUUGUUAACGAAACUUCUCCACAGACAUUAGCUGAAGUACAAUUAGUGGCAAUUUCGACCCCUUUGAAAAUAAUUCCGCAGGAAGAAUCUUACACAGUGCAGCAAACAUCACUUAUCGAGUCAAUACCUUCGGUGGAAACAAUUUCAGAAUUACAAACCCCAGAUCCAGUCACCUUGAAUGUUCCAGAGGCUGUGGAAAUUGUUCCAGAAAUGCAGGCCGUUACAGAAGAGCAGUUAUUGACCAUGGAAAAGGAGCUAAAACUUCAAUCUAUCGUUUCGGACCCACAAUCACCCAAUGAUGUUGAACCUCAUAUAGAAUCUGUCGAUGUGGAAUUGCGCUCCGAAGCACAAUCUGUUGUUAAGGAAACUUCUCCAGAAAUGUUACCUGAAGGACAAUUCGUGGCCAUUACGACCCCUGUGGAAACAAUUCCUCAGGACGAAUCUGUCGUAGUGCAAACAUCGCUUAUCGAAUCAAUAGCUCCUGUGGAAACAAUUUCACAGUCACAAGCACCUGAACCAGUCACCGUGAAUGCUCCAGAGCCUAUAGAAAUAGUUCGAGAUAAACUUGCUGUUACAGAAGAGACGUUGUCGGUCAUGGAAAUGGAAUCACAACCACAGUCUAUUGUUUCGGGUCCACCACCCAAUGAAGUUGUCUCUCAGGUAGAAGAGCCCCUAGUAUCGGCAGAAAUUCUUAUCCCGGAUGUGCCUACGGAGAUAAAUUCUGAAACCACUGAUCCUAUUCAGCAAGCGGAGAUCGUGAAUUUACCUGCACCAAUGGAAAUCAUUGCAGAAACCCAACUCGCAGAAAACGAAACUCCAACGUCUUCUGAAAUUGUUGCCCAAGGUGAAUCUGUCGCACUACCCCAAUUGAUUCCAGAGUCCGGACCUAUUGCAGUGGAUCCUCCAUCGUCGAUAGAUGCUGUUCCCCAAGCAGACCCUGCCACCAUAAGUUCACCAACGACUUCGGAAAUUGUUCCAGAAUCCCAACCCGCCACAGUGGAUCCUACAGCGUGUAAUGAAAUUGUUCCAGAAAACAUCGCCAUAGAACCCCAACCGCUUGUGGAAAUCAAUCCAGAAACGCAAACCAUCGCUGCCACCAUAAGUUCACCAACGACUUCGGAAAUUGUUCCAGAAUCCCAACCCGCCACAGUGGAUCCUACAGCGUGUAAUGAAAUUGUUCCAGAAAACAUCGCCAUAGAACCCCAACCGCUUGUGGAAAUCAAUCCAGAAACGCAAACCAUCGCUGCCACCAUAAGUUCACCAACGACUUCGGAAAUUGUUCCAGAAUCCCAACCCGCCACAGUGGAUCCUACAGCGUGUAAUGAAAUUGUUCCAGAAAACAUCGCUAUAGAACCGCAACCGCUUGUGGAAAUCAAUCCAGAAACGCAAACCAUCGAAAUAGAUAUACCUGUUCCGGUGGACGUUGUUUCAGAAUCAGAAUCUGUCACUGUAGAUCAAGCGGAAAUCAUAGAACUUAUUUCAGAGAUCGAAUCUGUCGAUGGGGAAUCCCAAGUGCAUCAAGAAAAUUCUCCAGAACGACAACUACCGUCAAUAGUUGCUGGUCAAUCGGAAUCUGUGCCAAUGGAAGCCUUAGAGCCUGUCGAAAUAGUUCCAGAAGUCCUAGCUACUACAUUAGAUUUAACAGUAUCUAUUAAAGCUGUAGAAGGCGCUCCUGGUGAAAUUCCUCCCAUGUCUCAAAGCGUCGGAGAGGAAUUGCCUACGCCUGAAGAAAAUCUUCCAGUGACGGAAUCUCUAGCACCAUUAGUUCCUGAAAUGACUAUUGCUCCACAGAUAGAUUUAGACAAUGUGGAAACCCCAGUACGUGUGGAAGUACCGACUGAACCUGUUGCCGUGGAAUCCCCAGACCCAGCGGAAAAUGUUCCAGACAUACAAACCGCCACAGAGAAAUCGGCGACAUCCGACGCAGCUGAUUCUUUGCCUGUGCAAAGUGAGAUACUGCUUGCAAAAAACCAUCAAGACGUAGAACCGGUUCUUGUGGAACCUCAUACUUCGUUUGAUAUUUCUCAAAACGAAUCUACCUCUGUGGAACCUAAAGCUUCCAUGGAAAUUCUUUCCGAAGCAGAGUCUAUUACAUCUGUUCCAGCUCCUAAAGAAGUUCACCAGGAAUCACAGUCGGUAGUAGUAGAUCCACCAGAAGUUAUAGAUGUAGUAUCUCAAAAAGAAGCUGUCGAGGAAGAACAUCCCAAUCGAUUGGAAAUUGAUUCAGAGCCACCAACCGUUGAACCGCAGACUGCAGAGCGUGAUGUCGCUAUGGAUCCCACAGCGCCUGUGGAAGCCGUUUUAGAAACACAGUUGGGGCUUGUAGAUCCAAAAAUAUCCGUGGAAGAUGUUCUUGAAGCUAUCUCUGCCUCUGAUAGCCAACUAAUAGAUGAGAACAGUGCCCCUGCUGAUACAUCAGAUUCCGUUAUAGAAGAAUGUUCAGCACCAGCAGAAAGUGCUUUAGAGGCUGAAUCUCUUGCAACCAUAGAGGCUGCUUUAGAAUCUCAAUCGCUCUCUUUGGACACAAACAAUCCUAUAGAAAUUGUUUCCGACCCAACAUCGAACGCUGUUGAUCCUGAAAUCGCUUUAAGCCCGUCAGAAACAACAACACAAAUAGAAUCCGUAGAGGUGGAAGUCCCUGAAAAUUUGGAAAGUGUUUCAGCGCCUAUGGAAAUUCUUCCAGAAGAGCAAUUAGUGGCAGAGGAUGCAGGAAAGGAAUUACUGACGAGUUUUGAAACAGUGUCAAUCGCUUUAGAAACGAAAUCCGAUGAAAUGGAUCCUAUAGACCCUGAAGUACUGGGUUUUCAAGCAGCAGAGGUCGCUGUAAACGUACCGGAGCUUGCGGAAAGUGUUCAAGAAAAACAUUCCCAUAAUGAAGAAACUUUGGUUUUUGAGAAAAGGUUUUCCAAUGUGGAUCCUCCAGAAUCUUUUGAUGUAAAACCUCAACCGACCGAGGAUAUAGUAACCCAAGUUAUUCCAGAGGAAGCACCAAGUUCUGCGGAAAUAAUAUCAGUAACAGAUGUAUGCGAGCCGAUUAAGGAAUCAAUAACUCAUGUGGAAACUUUGCCUGAAGAUCAAACCGUCCUAGUGAAUAUUACAGAUCGCAUGGAGACUGAAUCAUUAGUUGAACCUCUUGAACCUCCAUCAACCAUAACAGAAGUAACACAAGUGAAACCAAAAGAGCCUGUAGAAAUUAACAACAAACCUGAAGAAGUAGCCGUAGCAGUGGAGACUACAGCUCCCGUGGAGAUUGAUCUAGUAGUUGAACCCACUGCCUUGACUUCUUCAACAAUUACAGAAGUCAAGGAUGAGAAACCCACAAAGCCUAUUGAAAUAAUCGCGGAACCUCCAUCUGUCGCAAUAGAAUCAACGGAAUCUCCAAAAGUGGUUCUAGACAGUGAAUUCGUUGCGGCGAACUCUGUACAAGUUAUUCCCGGCUCUGAAUCUGAUGCUGUGGAACUUGUUCCCCAACCCGAAGCUGCCGCAGGGGAUCCACAAGAAACUAUAGAAACUGUGCCACCGCUAGAAUCUAUCGAAGUCGAUGAGCCAACGCCUACCCAAGAUUCUUCAGGAUAUAAAUCUGACACAGGUGAUGUGGCACAGGCUGAUCCUGUCGGAGGGGAACCCUUAGAGUCUGUGGAAAUUAUUCCACACGUUGUAUCUGUUUCUGAAACUAAAUUAGAGAAGCCAGCGGAUGCAGAUAUUGCUCCGGACCCUGAACCCCUUGCUGUGACAAUAAAUUCGCAGGAUAUAGCUGUGACAAUGGAACCCCUUAAGGCUGCCGUGAAUGAUAUCCCAGAGUCUGCAGAACUUGUUCCAGAAAAAGAAGCUGAUAUUGAAAUAAACCCAGAAACGCAAUCUGCCGUAGCGGAUUGCCCCGAUUCUCAGGAUGUUAUUAUAGAAACGGACUCUGUCGCAGUGAUACCGCUUAAGUCGGUGGAAGCUGUUCCUCAGAAUGAAAUUGAUGUUGAACCCAUAGAUCCUGUAGAAAUUGUGCCAAAAGUAGAAGCAGUUGGAACAGAAGAUGAGUCAGAAAUCAAACCAUCUGCAACUACUGAAGUGGACAAUGUUAAACCCCCAGCAUCUCUGCAAAUUGAUGAAGCUGUGACGCAGAAUUCGCCUGUUUCUGUGACAGUGGUUCCGGAGGCGGUGGAACCUUUAGCUGCUGUUGAAGUUAUUGCCCAAGCUGUAUCUGCCUCUUUGGAGAAAACAGUAUCUGAAGAGCCCAUUUCUCAAACGGAAUCUAUCUUUGUGGAUUCCCCACAACCUCUAAACGUUGGUCCUCAAGAAGAUUCUGUUCCUACAUCGCCAUCAGUGCCCACAAGCUUUGAAACAAAACCUAACGACUUGGAACCCCAAGCUUCUGCGAAACUUGUUCCAGAAGCAGACUCAGUCACUGUGGAUCCAACAGAAACUGCACAAGUUCUUUCAUUAAAUGGGAUAAUUGUUUCAGAGUCACAACUGAUUGAUUCGGAACACCCAGUACAAAUGGAAAGCUUGCUUGCAGAACCGCCGGCAUCGGAACCCCUUGAAUCCGAACCGGCUGCACCGCCAACGCCAGUGGAAAUUGUUCCUGAAAUAGAAUCUAUAACAAAGGAUACUAUAGUUCCUGUCGAAACGGAUACCCCAGUGGAUUCCAUCGUUUCUGUUGAAGUUCUGACGGAUACAAAACAUGUUCCAGUGUUACCACCAGUUGAACUGGAAGAAUCGGAGAAUGUCGCUCAAGAAGAACCAUCUGCGGAAGAUAACUCGAAUGCUGUAAUCCUUGAACCUCAAACUGUGGAUAUGGAUUGCACUACGGAGGUGGAAACUUUAACGUCAGAGGAACCCAAAUCAAUUUCUACAAACAAUUUCCAAUCAGAAGGUAUCCAAAGAAAUGCAUCAAUAGACUCCGCCUGUUCCGCUCUAGGUUCUAUUGCGGAGCGCGAGGUGAAGAAGUGGUAUAACGCCGUUGAGAUGCCAAAUAAUCCAUACGCCCCGGAGGCCCUGAAGCAGCGCAUCAGCGGCACCCAGGAGCGGUUCAUGGAUGUGCCGAACAUCAGUCCGUGUGCUGAGCAAAAGGCCCUAGCAUCGGCGCUGACGGAAAAUCCGGAUCCGCCAUCGCCGAAAACGGACUAUAAGCGCUAUAGCCGCGACUACUAUAUCAACAAUGCUCCCACGCCCACUGACAGCACGGGGAGUGGAAAUGCCGCCGCCUCCGUCGCAGCCGAGGAUGUGGAGGACAUCGUGAUCAACGAGGCUCAAAAAGAAAGCAAUCAGCUACAGGAGUUGGUGUACAAAGCCUUGCCAGUUCAGGUCCUGGACGAGUCCCUGGACUCCCAAUCGAAUCCCUCGCUGUACUCCCUGCAGACCACGACCACAACCAGCGAUGAAUCCGAUACGGUACGGAUCUACGAUUUUAACAAACAGGAAACGACGGUAAUAAAAAAGGCUGCUCCGGUGGAGCAGCAGCCCAGCACCUCCACCACAUCGUCCAUGGAGUCCGCCCAGAGUGGUCCACCUUCAUCUUCUUCCAUCGACUCGUCUGUCUCAAAGAAGCGGGAGCGACCCGUGGUCCUUCAGUUUGGUCCUGGGGACUCGGCGCCCACAAUAGGUUCUCCUGUCAGUACACCCACGCGGGGAUCCACUCCUCCUGCUUUUAGAUUCUUGCAGCCCAAACGUCGCCUCAUUGAUCCCAGUCAGGUGCUAUCCGUCGAUGAAGAUGAUGUGCCUGAACCUACUACUCCGUCGGCGGAGAAGCCCGCCAUUGAAGAUGAAGUGGUCCAUUCCAUGCCAUCGGUUAAGGCCCUGGCUCAGGCCUUUCUUUUGACCAGCAAGCACACACAACCACAGCGGAGAUGGCGGGCCAAGGUAAGAAUAGCAGCCCCUCCAGAUACACCAGAUAAGCCAGACACAUCACUGACCAAGCGUCACAAACUGGAGCACGCAGUCUCCAUGGCAGAAGUAGCCGAUGAGUCGACCAUUGCCUCGGACUUAUCAUCCCUCGAAACGGACCCCUCUAUUCAUUCGGAGGGCAAUCCACCCAUUGCCUCGCCGGCGAGUCCUGUGCCCGUGCGACAUGGCUUCCUCCGGAGCAAUAUUGCUUUCUUUGAGAAUUUAAAGUUCAAGUGAAUAUUCGAAUGGAGUUCAGAAAGUGUGCGGCCAUUGGUUGAUCUUCCCGGAAGGGAAAAUGCACGAUAAUGACGAGGCACACAGCCCAUAAUCCAAACCAAAUCUUCGCCAAAAACCAUGUGCCAUGGCCUCCAUUCCCCAUCCCGAAAAUUCACACAACCAAGUACUUAACUUCAAUUGGCACUCCAGUGUGCGCCAUUGUUAAUUGUAGCUCGUAAUUACUAUUACAUAAUUCUUAUAUCCAUGGAUACUAUUUAUUUAGCUCUAAGAUAUGUAUUAUGUAUUUUUAAGCAUAAGCGAAACUAUUUCCCAUUUCAGCUGAACAAUGUUACACUUCAACCGAACUAGUUUAAAUGUUACAUAAUUGUACUCAAUAAAACAUAUAGAGAAGAAAAA